CGCUUAUCUAAUAAAAUAUACUACUUAUUUGUUGGGCCCCUUCUUUUCAAUUUUAUUUGGAAUAAUCGUAGGAAACGGUGUUCGAGAUGCGGAUAUACUCGCCUUGGUAGGUAUGGCACCUGGUAAUUUCAGGACAGAAGAUCAGAGGCUUGAUCUUUG